AUUACGUUGCUCUGUGGGCGGCACUUAAUGGACGUUUCCGCAUGUAUAAUCAUCAUCAUCAUCAUCCCAUGGACUGACUUGUUUGUUGUCGAGCAAGAUGGAGUUCCUUUUGGGAAAUCCUUACAGUACCCCAGUGGGGCAUUGCAUUGAGAGAGCCACUGAUGGCUCUCUGCAAAGUGAAGACUGGGCCCUCAACAUGGAGAUAUGUGACAUCAUUAAUGAAACAGAGGAUGGGCCAAAGGAUGCCAUUAGAGCAGUGAAGAAGAGACUGAAUGGCAACAGGAACUAUAGGGAAGUGAUGUUGGCUUUAACGGUCCUGGAGACGUGUGUGAAGAACUGCGGCCAUCGUUUUCAUGCUUUGGUUACUAGCAGGGACUUUGUUGAUGGUGUGCUUGUUAAAAUCAUCUCCCCUAAAAACAACCCGCCUACAAUUGUUCAAGAUAAAGUACUUGCCCUGAUUCAGGCAUGGGCUGAUGCAUUCAGGAGCAGUCCAGACCUUACAGGCGUGGUCCAAAUCUACGAGGAGCUAAAGAGGAAAGGCAUUGAGUUCCCCAUGUCAGAACUGGAGACCCUGUCCCCUAUACACACACCUCAGCGGGUGGCAUCUGCUCCAGAGGGCGACUCCACCCUACUUAAGUACAGCACUACCACUACUACUCAACCAACACCACAAGCUGUCGCACCAGCUUACACCACCCCUCAGGUCCCCAACAUUCUUGCCUCUGGAUCCAUCAAUCCCACACCUGAACAGAUUUGCCGGCUGCGCAGCGAGUUGGAUAUUGUUCGUGGAAACACUAAGGUGAUGUCAGAGAUGUUAACUGAAAUGGUCCCGGGACAGGAGGAUGCUUCGGACUAUGAGUUACUACAGGAGCUAAACAGGACUUGUAGAGCCAUGCAGCAGAGGAUAGUGGAGCUCAUCUCCUGUGUUUCCAAUGAGGCGGUGACUGAGGAGUUGCUGCAUGUCAACGAUGACCUCAAUAACAUUUUCCUACGCUACGAAAGGUAUGAGAGGUUCAGGUCUGGGAGGUCCUCAGCUCAGAGUGUCAACAAUGGGCUGAGACAGGUGCUGAGUGAGGCUACAGAGGACAACCUCAUAGACCUCGGCCCAGGCUCCCCAGCGGUGGUCAGCAACAUGACGAACGCAGCCCCAACCUGCUUGCCCGCCACCAUCACAGCCCGGCCUGCCCCCGCAGGAAGGCCCUCCUCCCCGGCCACCUUGGCCUCCCGCCUUGCUGGUCUUGACAUGGGUGCAGACAGUGUGAGCAGUACCCUGAGCUCUCUGUCUAGCUGUAAGCCUCUUCCUUCCCAGGAUGACUUUGAUGUGUUUGCUCAAACCAGGACUGGAGCUCUGUCUGAGCCAUGCAAGAGCUCUACAGCAGAAGAUAGCAAUGCUACUGGCGGCCCUCCUCCCACUCUGGAUGUUCAGCAGCCAACGGCAGGAGCGGGUGUCGGAAGCCAGUCCUCUGUCAUGGAUGACAUAGAGGAGUGGCUGUGUACUGAUGUGAAAGGAGAUGAAGGUGAGGAAGGCGUGACAAGUGAAGAGUUCGACAAGUUCCUCGAGGAGCGAGCCAAAGCUGCAGAGAUGGUCCCCAGCCUACCGUCACCCCCCAGUGGCGACCCGGGUGCAGUGCAGGGAACCCCCAGCCGCAAGAAGCCAGAAAGGCCGGAGGACACUUUGCUCGCCAUGUAGACCUUCCACCUUUUGAUCUCUGAUCCCCAGCCUAAGACCCGACCAGCUGAGCAGCAUCACCCGAGGACGGACUGACCUGACACUAAAACACAUCCACCUCCGCUCUGAUUCAUCGCAACACUAUUCAGUUACACUACAGAGAUUUGUACAUGCUCUCCUUUAUAAAAAGGGAAUUUUUCAUGUUAUCCGUUAAUUUCUCACAAGAAAAGGAAAAUUAACCAAAUGGCCUAUUUUGAUGUGCCACCAGAUGAUGGAUCUCACCCACAUGAUGACCAGUGUCAGAGACUGUAUGGCAGCCUGCUUUUUCCUACUUCUUUAUGUGUGAAGAAUCUCCCUCCGCCUGUUGUGGACUGCAGAGCUUCAUGUUGCAGCUAAUCCUAAAAAUACCAUGUAGAGUUUUGUAAUAUGGGUGUCCUGCUGUCCUUGUCAUUAGAAGGAAAUCAAUUUCUUACCCAAGCCCUCAAACCAUGCAUUAACACCACCAAACUUGGAUCAUUUAAGUUGUUACAAUUAAAGAAACCCCAACAGAAACAUUAUGGUUGUUAAUGCGGAAAUGCCCAUUACAGUAUAAGCACUGAGCGUACCUAUGAGGAUAUUGUUUUGGUGUUUUCAUCAGUCCUUUUGCAAGUCAGUCUGAGUUGAAUUGUAAAUCUGUAAAUGACAAAUGUCAAGUUUAUUAGUCGUGUGUAUAUUUGAGCUACAUAUGUAUGAAAGAUGUUGAUUUAAUGUAGAUUUUUGAAAAGGGUUUAUCUUCUAGCUGCUCUGACGAUAGGGAUGUACCUCACUGGGGUCAGCUUUUUCACUCGAAAAGGGAAUAUUAUACAUCUGAUACUUUCUAAAAAGAGAUGAAGAAGAAGAAGAAGAAGAAGGGAAUUUAGUUGUGUUCUUUUACCCUUCUCUAAAUCACAUAUUGUAGAUUUGUCUUUGACAAAACUUAACCGCAGUUUAUUGAUGAUAUGUUGGUCACAAGAGAUUAUUUUGCUGAGAUUGUAUUAGCCUAAAGCUGCUGUCUGAAUGGUAGUUGGUCUUAAUUCCACCUGCUGAAAAGUACUGACUAAUUAUUCUCAUUUAUGUAAUCAUCUUUAUACUGAACACAGAUACUUUGUGUCAUGAACUUCCAUGGGUUAAGUCCACGUUAUUUUGAACAGAAUCCCAGUCAGAGUUGGUUGUACUGCUAGCUGAAGAGACAUAUGCUGUCGUUGGUGAGUUUUUACUCUUUGACUGUAGGUUUGAACUUUUUGAGUAGAAUGUGCUGUAUGAUUUCUGUUCUGAAAUUGAGUUAGGUGCAGAGGACCAAAUUUGUGCUUUCUUCCGGAUGUGGAAGGAAAAUUCGGGAAAACUGGAUUGUUACAUGCAUAGUCCCAUAGGCCCUUUCUUUGACUCAGAAUCUGCAGCUUAAUAUCCAGGGAUGUAAUGAAAAUUCAAUAUCACACUACAGAAGCUGUUUGCACAUUAUCGUUGUGCAUUUCUCCUUUAUUUCUUGAUGCUGACAUCUUAAAAGGCCUGACCUUUCAACAUGACAUUUGUUUUCAGAAACGAGCUGGCUGCAGACAUAGUGCUACAAAUGAGACAUUUUACUCUUUUCGACAAUAAUAAAUGCAACAUGUUACACAAUCACAACAAGCUUAAACAAGCGCGCUCUUUUGACAGUCGCGUUACCUUUCAACCUAUACUGUAAAUCACUUAACACUUAACCAGAUGUAAUUAAUCUGUUUGGAAAAUGUUUGCGCAGAGGUGUAGAAAUAAUUUAUUCAGCACUAUUUGUUUUGUAUUUUAAAUCAUUUUACUGUACGAAAGGAAAAUUGGGAAAUUAACUAUGUUUAGGGACAAAAUGAGAAAUUGUCAUAAUGGUGUGUGUGUGUGUGUCUGGUUUUUGUUUGAGUUCCGAUUUUCCUUUUUAUACAUUGCUGCUGGCUAACCUAUCUUGUUUGUUAUGUGUCCAUACAGUAAAAAUAUGGACAUAGUUUAUAAGGGCAGCCCAUCACUGAUUCAUAGCUGUUAAGAGAAUCACAUUGGUCUCCCAUUUAUCUCAUGAAGGAUACAUAUUUUUUUAAUAGGUUCACUCACUCAUAAUUUUAUGGACUGACUAGCACAUGACAAAACUGACAUAAUUAACUUACUUUGGACACUUUCGACAAAGCAUCAACAUUGCACAUUUUGAAAGGGAAACCUCCCUUUCUCCUGUUUCCUUGUUUUAGGUGUGUGUGUGUGUGUGUGUGUGUGUGUGUGUGUGUGUGUGUGUGUGUGUGUGUGUGUGUGUGUGUGUGUGUGUGUGUGUGUGUGUGUGUGUGUGUGUGUGUGUGUGUGUCUCAGUCAGCUGUUCUGUAACGCAGAAACGUUUUAUCUCAGUUGAUUACGGGGGGGCAUCCAAAUGUGUGUUUAAAGAAUACAUGUUGUUACUAUCCUGUUUGAUACCGCCCAGGACCGACCUGGUUUAUAUCAGUGUGAGCUCCGCCAGUGUAACUGAAUGCCCAAAACUUUGUCAGUCAUCUCAGACCUGUUUUGCAGAGGAACAAUACGUUUCUUUGUGCGUCUCUGGAUGAUAUGAGAAGAGAUGCUGAUAAGGGAGGCUGUGCUGUGUGACUGCUACUUUCCUGAGUUGCCUCCUCUCUCAUUUCUCUUUGUGUUGUUUGACUUAUGCAUGAACUCUAAUAAAACAUUAGCAGUGUGUCCGCA